AUGGUGAAUAUCCCAGUUGCGCCUGUAGGUCCAGAAACAGAAGGUGUGUUUGUUCAGCAAUUGACACCUAUAGCCAACAAUCUGGUCGGAUCAUUCUUUGUUGGAUUGAUCCCAUUGCUGCUCGUGUUGGUCUUGUUGGGUGUAUUCAAGGUGCCUGCGCAUUUCUCAUCGCUAGCCGGGCUUAUCGUAUGUAUAUUUAUUGCAAUUUUUGGCUGGCACAUGCCUGCUCAACAAGCAUUUGAAUCUAUUGGAAAUGGUAUCGUGUUUGCAAAUUGGCCAAUUAUGUGGAUCGUAGUCAAUGCCAUGUUUGUCUAUAAUACAGCUGUUCAUUCUGGAAUAUUUGACUAUUUUCGUCGCUGGAUCUUGGCUUACACACCACCUGAUACUCGCAUUAUUCUGCUGAUUAUCGGCUAUAGUUUUGGUGCUCUCUUGGAAGGUGUCGCUGGUUUCGGUACGCCCGGUGCUAUUUGCUCAUCCUUGAUGGUUUCCGUUGGAUUUGACCCCUUGGAUGCUUUGACCUAUACCCUUAUUUUCGAUACGACACCUGUCGCUUUUGGUGCUUUGGGUAUUCCUGUCACUACAUUGGCUACCAUCACUGGUUUACCUGUUAUGAAAUUAUCCGCCAUGAUGGGCCGUCAAUUGCCUUUGCUCAGUUUGUUUCUUCCCACUUAUGCGCUCAUCUUUUUCGCUGGUUUCAGGGCUGGUUUCCUCGAAUGCUGGCCAGCAGGUCUUGUUGCUGGCUUGUCUUUUGCUGUCAUUCAAGCUAUUUUUGCCAAUUUGGUAGGACCCGAGUUACCAGAUCUUAUUGCCGGCAUUAUUUCCUUGAUUUCCAUCAUCAUCUUUGUGCAAUUCUGGAAACCCAAAUACAGACCUGAAUAUGAGGCACAUAUGGUGGUCGCUAAAGCUGUUAUCGAUGAUGUUGAAAAUGACAUUGAUAGAAUCUCCAACCAUAGUAGUAAUCACUCUGAAAAGCAACAUAUUGAACACAGCUCCAAGUUGGAAUCCCCAGAUUCUGUCGUACCAGCAGAAAAUGUUGCACAACCAGGCCAUUCUUCGGUUGCUGGAGGUGAUGUUGCGCACGAUAGUAUUGCCUCAGCUAAAGAGAAAGGCCGCCAGUUGGAGGUGGAAAAACUGACGAUUCGAGAAACCUUGCUUGCUUGGAGUCCCUGGACACUGAUUGUUGUUGUUGUGAUUAUCUGGACAUUUGCCAAGCUACCUAGUUAUGGAAGAACACCUGUUCACUGGCCUCACUUGCAUCAAGAAGUUUACUUAACCUUGUACGGUAAAAGAUACGAUGCGAUUUGGACAUUUGAGCCUCUGGCCACUGGUACAGCUAUUCUUGUAUCUGCUAUUCCCUUCUGCUGCCUUGUUCUUUGGAAUGGAUCGCACCCUCGCGUAUUCUGGCACGCUCUCAAACAAACCUUAACUCAACUCUUUUUGCCUGUGCUCACUGUAUCCUUCAUCAUGGCAUUUGCCUACCUGUACAACUAUUCUGGCAUCGCUUAUACUAUUGGUCUAACACUGUCCUCCGUCGGUAAAGCUUUCCCAUUUUUGUCUGCCUGGCUUGGUUGGUUCGCCUGUUUCCUUUCUGGAAGUGAUACAUCAGCAAACUCGCUAUUUGGUAAUUUGCAAGUGGUUGCAGCACGUGAAAUCGGGUUAUCGGCCAUCUUGAUGGCGAGUACCAAUUCUUCAGGCGCCAUCUGCAGCAAAAUGAUCUCACCUCAAAAUCUAACAACUGGCGUAUCUACCAUUGGACUUCAAGGUCAAGAGGGUCGGGUGCUUCGUAGAACUAUCCUACAUUCCAUCUUUAUGGUGUGUAUUGUGGGUGCAAUGGCUUGUGUCCAACAGUAUGGUAUUCCUGGUAUUAUUCCACCCUAA